AUGGCCUACUCAUCUUCCUUAGUUUUUCUCAUGAUUUGCGCCUCCACCGUAUUGGUGGCAAUGAGUUGGUCGCCGACCGCCGUCUCCGGAGGAGACCACCACCUUGGAAUGGGAUGGAUAACCACGAAGCCACCUUGCAAGGGGUCCAUCGCGGAAUGCCUGGAAGGGGAGGAGGAGGAGUAUGAGUUGGACUCAGAGAUCAACCGGCGCAUCUUAGCCACCAGCCAGUACAUAAGCUACGGUGCGCUGCAGAGGAACACGGUUCCGUGCUCUCGCCGCGGCGCCUCCUACUACAAUUGCCGACGUGGGGCCCAGGCCAACCCUUACAGCCGUGGCUGCAGUGCCAUUACUAGGUGCAGGGGCUAA